UUCUUUUUUCUGUAACUAUUAUCUUUUUUUACUUUUUUAUUUUAAAAACAUAAUAUAAUUUGAGAAUAUUUUGUUUCUUUUUUUAAAAGAUAUCGAAUUUGAAAUUUUGAAAUUUUAUUGGUUGGUGAACCUAGAGGUUCACCUUAGGGAGUGAACCCAAGAAUGACUCAAGAAUAUUAACUUUUCAGACUUUUAAUAUCAGUCAGUUUGUAUCUAAAUCAAAGGAUCUGCAUUAAUGUCAAAAAGCUAAGAAAUCAAAGAUAAAUCUUCCAAUUAUAGAACGAAUAUUCUGAUUUUAUUAAUGUUCUUCCACUAUAUUAGGAGAGAGAGACUUAUUUCAAGUUGUAAAAAUAUGUAGAUAAAAUCAUGAUAUUAAUUAGUAUGAAUAGUAACAGCUCCACGAGAUAAUUACAAUGUUUUUUUCUUUGACUAACUAAUUCCAACGUUUUUUAUUUGAUACAUAACAUAACUGAUAACAAGAUUUGUGGAGAUAAAACAGGAAAAACCAUCGCUAGGUCAAACAAAAAAACAAAGAUCAUACAAAUCUAAGAAACAAAGAUCAUAACAUAAUCAUUUUGAGAGAAAAGACAGUAAGUAGCUUCUGUUUGUUUGUAUGUCUGUUUGUUUGUUUUAUAACUAACGUAACUCCUACAACACCAACCCUAAGGUUUCAUUGCUCACAGAAAUCAAAACCAUCUAUCUCGUUUUGAAAAUUCAAUCGAGGAGACAAGAAUGGCGAGGGCUCUUGUGAUCAUAAACUGCAUCAUUCUGGCCAUAGGAAACUGUGGAGGUCCUCUGAUCAUGCGUCUCUACUUCAACAAUGGUGGCCACAGGAUUUGGUUCUCCACUUUUCUUGAAACCGCUGGCUUUCCGAUCAUAUUCAUUCCUCUUUUCUUCUCUUACCUUAACCGGCGCAGAAGCAACAACAAUGAAGGGGAGAAUACACGGUUCUUUCUCAUUAAACCACGUCUCCUUAUGGCUGCGAUUCUGAUAGGGAUCCUCUCAGGGUUCGAUAACUACUUAUACGCAUACGGCAUAGCUUAUCUCCCGGUUUCAACAGCUGCUCUCAUCAUUGCUUCACAGUUGGCUUUCAUAGCUAUCUUCUCGUAUUUCAUGGUCAGCCAUAAGUUUACUCCUUUUACCAUCAAUGCUGUUGUGUUGUUGACUGUUGGAGCUGCUGUAUUGGGCAUGCAUACGGAAACUGAUAAGCCGGUUCAUGAGACUCACAAGCAGUACAUGGUUGGGUUCUUGGUGACUGUAGCAGCCGCUGUUAUGUAUGCAUUUCUAUUGCCGUUAGUGGAACUUGCUUACCAGAAAGCUAAACAACCCAUGAGCUAUACGCUUGUGCUUGAGGUUCAGAUGAUUUUGUGCUUCCUUGCUUCUUUAGUCAGCCUCGUUGGUAUGCUCAUCGCUGGUGAUUUUAAGGUAUUCCUUCACCCUUUUUUUUUUAAUUAUUUGCAGGCUUUACCAAACGAAGCAAGAGAGUUCAAGCUUGGAGAGGCAAUGUUCUAUGUGGUGGCUGUACUUUCAGCCAUAAUAUGGCAAGGGUUCUUCUUAGGAGCCAUUGGUUUGAUCUUCUGUGCAUCGUCUCUUGUCUCUGGUAUAAUGAUAUCAGUUCUUCUGCCAAUCACAGAGGUUUUAGCUGUUAUUUUCUACCAUGAGAAGUUCCAAAAAGAAAAGGGUCUUUCUCUUGCUCUGUCCCUUUGGGGUUUUGUCUCUUAUUUUUAUGGUGAGAUCAAAGCCGACAAGGAUAAAAGAAUACAAGAGGAGGCACAACUGAAUUCUUUGCCUAGAAGAACGAGAAUUACUGAGUGUUAAAACUUAAACACAUGAGCUUAGAAAGACAUCAUAAAGGUUUUAUUACUUCAUUUCAUCCCUGUUACACUGUUAUUAGAUUAGAGGAUAUUAAACAGCUUGGAACUAUAUGCCAAACACACAACUCUAAGAAGCUUUUUUUUUACCUUUUAUACUACUCAAAUGAAUUUGUGACAGAAAAAUUGCAAAGUUAGUCUUGUGUUGUCUUCUGCUGGUUGCUUUUAGCUUUCAUCUAUCUUGAUGGAGGUUUCAUCACAUUAACUUGUUCAACAAUAACGCCACAUCACCAUUGUGGAUAAAUCGCGUAAUUCGAGGACCAGUCCCACCUGUAAGUUCAGCUAGUAGAGCUUCUGGUAAAGCCUGUUUGGUUCAUUUGUAUGAUUCUUCAUUAUCACCAGUAAGAGGAGAUAACACUCGGUUGAAACACAAUGCAAAGGAAAAAUCUUAAGACAACCACACCCAAAUAUUUUUAGCUUUUUCUAACCACAUAUCUUUCACUCAUACUGCUUCCCCUAGAGAUUCUAGUUAUUUGAUUGAAACUUGAAUACAUCAAAAACAAGCCUAUUUAUACCAAUACAUACAUGCUUUACAUACUUCUUUCCUGUUUAUUCUUUCUAGCAAGGCCUAGAAAAUCCAUCAAUAACAUAUAAGGAUAAUUCCUCUACGUUAUAAUAAACACAAAGCAGAUUCAAAAUGCAUGUACGCACCACCAGUUUCCUUCAGCAGGACUAUUCAAUUCAGUGUUGAUUUUCUUCCUUUGCUAACUCUUUCAGUAUAGCACGCUGACGUUCGCUUAGUUCACUAGAAAAUACAGAAAAAAAUAAUACACAGCAUCAUAAAAUGCCAGAAAUCCCACAUCAACAACAACACAAUAAGAGAACUCAAACACAUCCACAUGCCACCAGACAUCAGAAGCUGAGAAAAUCAACAUUAACUUUUAGAAUAAGACCUAGAGGAGAAACAAUUAAUGAUUAGACGCCAAGUAACAUGCAUCAAAAGAAACAAAACAAACUCCCAGCGAAAUUAUUUGAAAAGCCUCUACUUUUAGAGCAACCAUAAGUAUCUUUUGUCUGUUCUGGACAACAGCAAAAAUUUUAGCAUAGCAUAAUCAGCUUGAACUCCAAAAUAUAAGAAAUCUUACAUAUGAAGAGUGUUAACACGGAAUAGCACUUGCUGAUCUCCAUGAUACAAAAUAUCCUUGUUUGUAUAGUCCUGAUCUUAAACAGUACCAAACAAAAAGAAGGUGCAACAUAUAGACUGAUCAUAGUUAAAUGUACCUUUGCCUCUUAAGACAAGAAGUUCGCCAGGCUGAGCUCACUCUGGUAUCUGCAACAAUAAAAAUUCACCUCUAGUAUCUCCAAAGGCUUGAGAUCUAAACCAUCCCUCUCAGUGAGGAUAAAACAAACUUGGAAGUUGGAACUCAGUUGCAAGUUGUAGAUACCAAAAUUGUAGAGAUCCAUACACAAAAUAUAUUAUAGAUCUCACUGGGUAGGAAUCUUACUUCUAUCUCUGUCUUACCUGAUGGUGUUGACACCACAACUUUGCCUCCCAAAAUGGCCUGUCAAAUAAGUUUUUCAAGACAUGUAAAGUAUGUCUUAAGGGAUAUAUAUUAGAAACAACGUGAACAAUAAGACAUGAAAUGAUGCACCAUAUUGGAAUAAUUUAGGUAGUGUAAAAAGCAAUUUGCAACGAAAGCUUAAACCUCUAAGGCAGUAUGGCUGAGUGGCAAAAAUAUAGCAGUAGCAUGCACUUGAGUUUAUCACUGGGUGCCAUCAGAUGAGUUGGAACAUAUAUUCUACAUUAUCUAGUUAGUUAAAGGACAAGUGAGUCACAUAAUGAUAAAGAUGCUAACAUUAUUAUACUUGGUAAACUAAUUGGUGAACACCACUCAAUAAUUUUCAGAUAGACGGCAGAAAACUUUUAUCUAGUCUAUGACUCUAUGUCCUCUAGAGGUUUUACUGUGUCAUAGGGCGGUGCCUAUAAUAUGUUAAUGCGGAGCUUUUAUCAACUGGCAGUUAUAUAAGACUUUUGACCAUAUAGUGCCACUAUGCAGGAAAAGUAUAAGUUUAGAAGGUACCACUACUCUGCUUAUAGUCCAAGAUUCAGGAAUCACCAGUGUGUUUACUUGUGUAAAGCUAAUAUUAGCAUCCCCAUAAAUUUCUUGAGCCAUCUCUGGAGAAUGUCGAAUCAUUAGAAACCUGUGAGAGAAGAAGAUUAGAUACUUAUCGUCAAAGGAAAUGCAAUAUGCUGUAAGACCAUAGAUGAGGCAAGAAUGAUGAUAGAAAUAUAAGACUACUUAUGGAUCUUACAAGAUAGCUCUGAUAGCGUAAACAAUCUAUUCGCUACAUGUAAUAAGUCUUGAUUAUAUAGUGACAACCGGGCAAACACAAUAGGGUAUCCAUCACAUUUAAAUUAGUGAACAAUGGAAUAUUAUUUUUAGAAUGAACACAUUUAAAGUCAAUAUGACAUAAUAUGACUUUGACGCUUGCAGCAACUUUCUUUUUCUGAAGACUAAAUUGAUCAUCUUAAGAUAAGAUGCAUAUUGGUAGAUCAGUGUCAAGGCUGGGUUUGAUUCAAAACUUAUCUAACGUCUCAAGAAAGUACAAAGUUUAAAAUUUGAAGAAGAUACUGAUGCAUUUACAAACCUUAAAUUUGAUAUACAAGUCCCCCGAGGUUUGACUUUUUCUUAAUCUUGCAUGACCAACACCUUGGAUUACGACCAUAGCUUCAGACCCCACCCCUGUGGUCAAGUAAUUGAAAAGAAAUAAGCAAGACAGAAUCAUGUUAUCUAGAACCAAAGUCACUAUCUUGUCCAGCAAACUCAUGUAAAAUGAUACUCGAAAAUCACAGUUCUAAAUUUUCUUUGAAUAUCAAGUGCAGACAAAAGACAGUUGACGAGAAAGUGCACUAUAGCCAAGCAUAAUCUUAAGAAGAAGGAAAAGAAAAGGCGAGCUAUACAGCAAGUGUAACCAAUAUAUAAAUUGGGAUAAAUCCAAACCACACAAAUCCUCAGCGAAAGCAACGUAACAAUGUCAAUGAUAUAUUACCAUCAUUUCAUAGCAUGCCUGGCAUAUUUAAGAACCAAAAUCAAGUUAAAGAUAAACAAAAGCAUGAAAUUUACAGAAAACCCCUCAGGGAUCACAACUGCAGCCGUAUUUGUGGCUUCCACAACACCGGAUCCUCUACAAGACAUGCAGUGCUCCUGAAGAGAUAGACAUUAUAUAUAUGUCAAUUAAGUGAGUCAUUCCUCCUCUUUAAGUUGGCUUUGAUGGAACCAGCAUAUUUUUAAAGACUAGAAGCCGUAAAUGUAACACGAGAGGCACAAAACUGUACAUUAACAUCAACUGAUGAGAGCCAUUACCAGAAGACUCUCUUCUUUUCGAGUAUAGCUUUGAAUGUAACACUCGAUAAACAAGAGAGUCUUCUGAGACCCUGCAAAGUGUCAACAAACUCCCUAAGUGUCCAGCUACACCACUAUAUCCCUCAGCAAAUCAGAAAAUAAGAUAACUUUCCGGAACGCCUCCACUUUUGCACAAUACAUUUAGGUUCUGUUAAAUCAACAAUAACAUAAUGAGAUUAAACAAGUCUUGUCGAUUACCUUGUCGCAGUCCGAACAGGGAGGCAAACGUUAUGAUUCAAAUCAGACAAGGAGAGGUUUUUGGUUUUAUUACUUUAUAGGUAAACCCUACGCAAAUGCCUAGGCAGAGAGAGAGAGAGAGAGAGAGAGAGAGAGAGAGAGAGAGAGAGAGAGAGAGAGAGAGAGAGAGAGAGAGAGAGAGAGAGAGAGAGAGAGAGAGAGAGAGAGAGAGAGAGAGAGAGAGAGAGAGAGAGAGAGAGAGAGAGAGAGAGAGAGAGAGAUAUUCUUUUUUUUUUCUUUUCUUUUUUGCUUUUUUCACAGUUCGUCUAAACUCUCUUUCUCUUUCUCUGUGAGAAGAUCCGAAAUUGGCCACUAAAAAAACAUUAUGGUAUACAUGGCAAUGUGCUAUAGCUCCAUGUAUUAUGAAACGAUACUAGAAAUAUUAUUCGGUUUGGUUGUGUAACAUGUAAACUUAUUUCCCCCAAGACUUGAAUAUUUUAGAUGUUAAAUUAGACAAUGCAAGUUAUAAAUCAAUCGAUUAUGAACCAUCUAUAUUAACAAGUCGGACAUGAGACGAAUUUAAGGUUUUGUAACAAAUAACAAAGUUAUUAUAAACGCAUAAGCUAAUCAUAUAGUUUCAUGAAAAUCACUUAUCACUGGAAGAAAAUAAAAA